AUGGUUAGCGGGAUGGAGGCAUUUGAUCCGUUAUCGCUAUUCAGUCCUGUUAAGAAAUAUACGAACGAACCAGGCGAGUACUUUUAUAAUGACAGCUAUGAAGCAAAAGGUGAUCUUAACGAGAGUGAUGAUGAUAGUGAUGAUGAUGAUGAUUUAGAUGCACCAAUACAUAUACUUGAUUUGCCAGUCAUAAGAUCGAAACCUCCAUAUGUGGUAUUGAUGGUUAUCUUGAAACUCUUAGCUCCGAACGAGACAUUGAACUUUGGUCCUUCUUCUCCUACAACUGAUAAUGAGAUUGAGGUAGACGCAAACACGGUUUUCACAGAGAAAGGUUUAGACCAACUGAUGGUCAAUGAAGCAUUACUAUGGUUAGAGACUCGAUGUCCUCGUCUAAACACAGUUAGUAGGCUUGCUUGUUUACCUGCAUUUGCAUUAGGACUUCGGAAUAACUAUGCCGAAGGAUAUUUUUCGUACAUGACUCGUAUAGUUUCCUCGGAGUUAGCAUGGAUCGAUAAUGAAUUGUUCCGAAGUGCAUUGCAGAAGGAAGCGUCUUUAAGAAUAAGUGAAAGCUGCGGAAGAACGGCUCAGCCAGAGAUUAUCCGAAAAAUUGUCAUCAAUGGCUUGCAGGCCUUCCAUGUUGAUGAUGUAAUUAGACUUAAAGAACCUACCCUUACCAGUGAUAACUUAGGACUUAAGACUUGGGGUUCUUCUUUAAUACUUGCACAACGGUUAAUUACAUUUAACUCCGAAAAACAGUACCUCCGAAGCCCUGUGUUGGAGUUAGGAUCAGGAACUGGUCUUGGGGGUAUUGCCAGUUGUAUCUUAGGUUAUAAGACGUAUUUGACGGACUUAAGGGAAAUCGUACCCAAUUUAAAGGAUAACAUUGAGCUUAAUAAUAUUGGGAAUGCCCUUGCUGGUGAGUUAGAUUGGACCAAUGUUAGUACAUUCACCGCUGAACAUGGAAAUAUCAAGUUCCCCACAAUAUUAGUAAGUGAUCCUAUUUAUCUGGAACAACAUCCGUAUUUUCUUAUGAAUGCGAUACGAGAAAUGGCGGAUUUUUCCGAACAAGAAACUCGUAUAUUAAUCCAGAUUCCCUUAAGACCGAAAUACGAGAAUGAAAGAGCACUUCUUUGGCAAUUAAUGGAACAAUUAUUCAUAAUGGAAGAUGAAAAAAUAGAGAAAGGGUAUGAUGAUUUCGGAGAAAUGAGUUUUUGUUUCCGAAUGUAUCGGAUUAAAUAA